UGAAAGUACCAUCUUCUGGCACAUUGCAAACUAUAGUGUAGCAUAGUUGCUUAGAAAUAGUGGCAUAUUUUACACCCCUGUUACAUGGCUAGCAGUGUUCCUGGUAGGAGCAGAUGGUGAUGAUGCUUUGUUUUAACGGCUUUGUAUUUAGCAGCUAGCUACUCUUAAUUGUCUUUUUUAAUUUUAAAUGCAGAGGACUGUUCCUGAUUUGACAUUCUUUAUUCUGCCAGUAGUAUUGAAUAAAGUAAUAUUUGCAUUAAAAUCUGAAAUACAGAUUUCUGAUAAUGAAAUGCAGAUCUCUCUCUUUUUUGAUGCCAGGUCUGUGCUCUGUAAUGAUCCUGAUAUGUUUGAGAUCCCUGUGAAUGUUCCUGUGGAUACUGUAAAACUUCGUAUAGAAAAAACUGUUGUACGAAGGAUCCCAACUGAAGCCUUUUACUAUUUAGUAGAUCUCAAAUACCUGUGGGUAACUUACAACUGUGUAGCUAACAUUGAUACCAGCAGUUUUUAUAAUUUGAAACAACUGCAUGAGUUACGGUUGGAUGGUAACCUGCUCUCAACUUUCCCAUGGGAAUCCCUGGCAGAGAUGCCCAACCUACGGACCCUUGAUUUACAUAACAAUAAAGUGACCAGCAUUCCAGCAGAUGCUGGCAGAUACCUGAGAAGACUCACCUACCUGGACAUAUCCAGCAACAAGCUAACCACCUUGCCGUCAGACUUAAUGGACUUUUGGCCCCCCUUCUCAGAAGCUGCCCCAUCCAAGAAAACAGACAUUCUGGCAACACAGAGAAUAAUUUUGGGUUUGCAGGACAAUCCAUGGUUUUGUGACUGUCGCAUUUCAAAGCUAAUUGAAUUUUCCAAAAUUGUGGAUACCUCCGUUGUACUUCUUGAUCCACUGGUUUCUUGUAGUGGACCUGAGAGCUUGGCAGGGAUCUUGUUUCAGAGAGCUGAGUUAGAGCAAUGUCUUAAACCAUCUGUGAUGACAUCAGCAACAAAAAUCACUUCUCCGCUGGGAAGCAAUGUUCUGUUACGCUGCGAUGCAACUGGAUACCCAACACCACAGCUUACUUGGACUAGGUCAGACAAUAUACCAGUGAACUACACAGUAAUUCAAGAAACACCUGGAGAGGGUGUCAGAUGGUCCAUAAUAAGCUUGACAGGGAUUUCAUACAAGGAUGCAGGGGAAUACAGAUGUAAAGCCAAGAAUUUAGCAGGAAUGUCAGAAGCUGCUGUUACUGUGACGGUGGUUGGUGUGGUUACUACAACCGUGUCACCACAGAAAUAUGGAAGGAAGCAAGAGGCAGAGAAACAGAACACUACACAAGAGGAAUCGAAGCAGGGAUCUGAGAGAACAACCACGCGUCUUCCCACUCCAUCAACCACCACAGCGCUGGUUACCACUGAAAAAUCAACGAGUGCCAAGAUUACUGACAAGAGGCAAUCCAGGCCCAUGGCAGAUGGAAAGAAAAAUUCAAAGGCAGUGACAAAUGGAAACAAAAAGCAGACUGGGGAGGAGAGCAGGAAAGGUGAGGAGACUUCACUGAAUACAACAGCUAUGGCUGAGCAAAAUGUCACUGUAAAGAACCUAAGAGUCAUCAGUGAAACUGAUGAAAGAGUGACCUUAACUUGGAAAACUGUCAGUGCUACAAGCAACUCUGCAGUGACUGUGUUAUACUCAAAGUAUGGUGAGAAAGACAUGCUGCCUCUGAGUACCGAUUCUAGCAAAAACAAAGUCACAAUUGAUGGUUUGCAGCCUAGUACUCAGUAUAUGGCAUGUGUCUCUCCCAAAGGAGUGCCACCUACGAAAGACCAAUGCAUUAUUUUCUCCACUGAUGGGCUAAAUGAUGAAAGCAGCUCUCAGUUUUCUAUUCUGAUAGUGGCCAGCAGUGCAGCAUGUGUAGUUGUUUUACCUUUGAUAUUUUUCUUACUCUACAAAGUUUUAAAACUUCAUAGGAAACCUAAAACUGCUAAGGAAGCUGACCUUGCAAAAGAGACCUAUGUGAAAUUUGAAACACUGUCUCUCAAGCCUCGAGUAGUGAAUACAGCAGGAGAGCUCUGGGCACGAAGGUACACAAAUGAAUCCGAAAGACUUCUCCUUUGUUCUAGGUCAAGCAUGGAUUCUCAAAUGACCUUCAAAAGUGAGGGCUCUAGGUCUGAGUAUCUCUGUUGAACAUGAGUGAGGAUGGAGGAGGUUGAAUAUACAAGGGGUAAAAUUAGUCCAAAAUGAUGAUACUGCAUCUGGAAGCAGGUUGGUGCCAGUUAUAAAGUAUCACAGUCAUAUAUAUCAUCUGAUAUAAUGCAGUCUACUGUGUGGGUAGGGUGGUGGGUAGGAGGUGGAAUGGAAGAAAAAUGUUGGCUUCUUUUUUUAAUGAUUGUUACUUUGGAUGUGAAGGAAUGACAUUCUUUGAGGGAUAAAUAUAACAUGAAAUUAUCUCGCCUGGUUAAUGAUCUUCUAUUUUUUGUUUUCAUUAAAACAUUAUUCUGUUUUAUCUUUUCGUUUCAUUGUACUAUGUGCAAGUUGUAUGUAUCAAACAUUAAUCACAACUCUCAAACUAUGUACUUAAAUGAUAGGAAUAGAGUUUAAACUACUUUUACUGAAGUCAAAACUUUAUUUGAAAAUACAAGUUUUCUUCUGACAUGAGCUUGUGCUUCAAGAUAUCAUUCAGCUCUGUACAGUAUCAUGGACUGGAAGUGAUCUCAGGCCAAUCGAGACUGAAGCUAGAUAACCACAGGUUAUGGACUCUUCGGCGUUACAGUGCACACCAUAUUGUUAUUUUGCAGAUGCUGUGGGAAAGAACAUUAUUUAGUGUUCUGAAGUUCAGGUAAGGUAACAUUAUGAGUUACUCUGUGAGGGAUGGAUACUAGAUAUUAAUAAUAUGAAUUUAUAGCAAAUAAUCUUAUUGUAAAAUCCUAACCUUAGAAUUUACUUGGAUGGUGCAUAUAUCUCAAUUUCAGAAAUACCUGUACAAAAAUUAUCCUGGCACUUUGUAAUACAGCACACUUCUUUGUAACUGUGUAUUGCAUAUAUUACACAAUAUUAUAUACUAUACUACAUUACUGUAAUACACACUGAGAUACAGUAGGAUGAGGUCUUGACCUUGGAUCAUGUUGGCUGUAAGAGGAAGUUUAAUCAGCAUAAUGAAAGUUCAUUAUGAGCAUGAUUCCCAGUGUUUGGAAAAUCAAAUAUUAAUAAUAAUGAGGAAUACAGAAUUGUCUAUUAAUGAUAAUUCAUUAUCUAUCGUGAGGCUGCUUUUUCAUUGCCUGAAGUAAAUAACAGAGCUUCAUUGUUUUAGGUUCAGAUAUCACGGUUAGGAAUAGGUGUGAAGUGAGAACCACGUGUUUCCCUAAAAAUCACAACCGUACUGCUUCCUUGGACUUUUACGUACCUAGAAGAACUAUUUUGAUGGGAAACUAGGAAUCUUCUCUUUCCAAUAGGAGAAAUCUUAUUCCAAAACUACAAACCAAAGCUUAAAUAAUUAUAAUUGUGGUAUUUGCUGAUAUCGCUAGUGUAGGAUUAAAUUUUGCCUGCUGGAACAUUGGAGAGUUAGAUGAGAAGAAAAACACUUUGUCAAAAAAAAAAAAAAAAAACCCUUAAAAAUAAAACUAUAGCAAAAAAUAAACUUAGUUCUCAAUAGCAUCUAUAUGAAACUGCUCGAUGGUUGGGGCUGGUAGAAUGAAUAUUUGUGACCAUGGAGUUGUGGUAGGGAAGCAGGUGAGAAGUUCAAAAGCAUGAAAUCCACUUAUUUGCCUGUGCUUUUAGAAUUAAUCUCAGUGUUCCUUUCUGUGUUACUAGUACAUGUGGUCAAAAGGCAAUCUUUUUUUUUCAUAUUUUUUUUCCAUGGAUAAUUUUGACUGUAAUGAAAAUGUUUUUAUUCUUCUAAGUGGAAUAUAUUGACUUUGACAGUUCUGUUUUUUCAAAUAUUGGAUUUUGUAGGGAAAGAAGAUUGUUCUUGCUUCAAAAAAGUAGUUCAUCUGAAAAGUCAUCUAUGGUAAACUAAGUUUUUAACAGGAGACCUGUAGUGUUGCACUAUUUGCCUUCCAUUCUCCAUAUAGAUAACGUAGCCAGUAGGUGUUGCUGAAGGUGUUCCCAAUUAAAAACACCGCAUUUGUCAUUGAGAGAUUAUUUUAACAUUUAUUUUUAAUCUCUAGGGAAUGUGUGUCAUUUAAAGUUUAAAAGCUUUGCAAGAAACUUAAAUGUAAUUCUAGAGCUCUCUUUUUCAGAGGUGCUAUCACCAGGCUUUUAGAUGGUGCAUCAGUAUGUCAGACUGCAGUGGUAUGAAGCUCAUUUGUAGACAGCUCAUUUGCUAAUCUGAAACCUUUAGGUUUGUCUAAUCCUUGUGGAAUUAGCAUAUCCUAAAGUUAGUCAUGAAUCUCUGUGAACACAUGUAUAUUAUCACUAUAUCAAAAAUGGAAUGUAUCACAAAGGACAUGUUCUUUCAAGAAAAUGCCACAUACAUUAUUUUUCCCACAGUUUUUGAGACAACAGAGUUAUUUAACCUGGACAUGCUUCAGUACAUCAUGUCAAAACAGCACAUUUGCUGUAGAAUUUCAAUAGGAAUUGAAUACACACAGGCCAAAUCACAAACUAAAACCAUGCACCCUUUACCUUCUUACCCAGGACUGAUAUGAUGGAAGAGCUGAAGAAAUACUUGCGGUAACAGAAGCAGUUUUUUAUGCUAUAAAUUGCUAAGAUUCAUGAGAGAAUCAUUGAGAUAGAUUUUGUCACCUUUAGUCAAUUUGAGUAACAUCUUCUGAAAUGCAAUACUGAAUCAGUCAUCAUUAUGAAUGGUGGAUGCCUAUAAUCUGUGCUUGGCUGGUAGGAAGCUUUGGAGAGAAUUUUAUUAAUGGCUAUGUGCUGCCUUUCAUGUAUUUUUGCACUUUGUUAGCUCAAUUCAUCCUGUGUUUCACUGAAAAGAUUAGACCUCUUUUUAUACAUUACCUGCAAAGUGUGUGUAAAAUCUGGAUAGUUAAUGUAACUGCUAAGUAAUGUGAGCUGAAUUCCAAAUAGACCCUGUGUUUACUCAAAGCUUUAGUGGGCCUCAGCACUUGUUGUAGUUGACCGUAAUCUUGUCCUCAAUGGGCACUUACUAAGCCAAACUUUAGGCAUCUGUUUUUGUCUUGGCCUUUGCUCACAGUAAGCAUUGUAUUCCUUGCACUACUAUAAGAUUCCCUUACUACUUUUCUGAGAGACAGUGGGGGGAUUAAGUUAAAAAAACAAAACCCUUUAAUAUGUACGAUGAAAACGUCUGUAAUAGUAAGAAAAAAAUUAGAAUUGGGCUAUAUUUAAGAGACUAGAGUAAAGACAUUUGAAAUUCAUUACCUUUUUUAAAGAAGUAGUUCAACUAGUAUAGUGCUUAGAAGUUGUUUUGAUGUGAAAAUAAAACAUGAGCAUGUG